AUGUUGAAGCUUCUGGUUAGUAGAGCAGCUAGUGUCUCACCUUCUCGCAACCACAAUGGCGUUGCCGCAUUCAGUUUGUAUAGCUCUGAAUUCAUUUUUAUAAUAUGUAGUAGGUGUGUUCAUUCACUACAAUUUGCGACUGUAGACGCAGAAGAGGUAUCAGGUUCUAGGCCUGCUGAAGUUUUGAACCUGGUGCAAGGUAAAUGGGUAGGUUCUUCAAAUUCGAAUACAGUUGUGGAUCCGUUAAAUGGAGACUCAUUUAUUAAAGUUGCUGAAGUUGACGAAACAGGCAUUCAGCCCUUUGUGGAAAGCUUAUCCAGCUGUCCCAAACAUGGUGUACACAAUCCUUUUAAGGCACCAGAGAGAUAUCUUAUGUAUGGAGACAUAUCUACUAAGGCAGCUCACAUGCUAUCACUUCCUAAGGUUUCAGAUUUCUUUACAAGGUUAAUACAAAGAGUUUCUCCAAAGAGUUACCAGCAGGCUUUUGGAGAAGUCUAUGUGACACAAAAGUUUCUAGAGAAUUUUUGCGGGGAUCAGGUUCGUUUCUUAGCAAGAUCAUUUGCAGUACCCGGAAAUCAUCUUGGACAACAAAGUCACGGUUUUCGUUGGCCCUAUGGUCCUGUGGCAAUUAUUACUCCUUUUAAUUUUCCCUUGGAGAUUCCUGUCCUUCAAUUGAUGGGUGCACUCUAUAUGGGCAACAAACCAGUCCUUAAAGUUGAUAGCAAGGUGAGCAUUGUCAUGGAACAAAUGUUGCGUCUGCUUCACACCUGUGGCUUACCUGUUGAAGAUGUAGACUUCAUAAAUUCUGAUGGGAAGACAAUGAACAAGCUGUUACUGGAGGCAAAUCCACGAAUGACCCUUUUUACUGGUAGUUCAAGAGUGGCUGAGAAGUUAGCCCUUGAUUUGAAGGGCCGUGUUAAAUUGGAAGAUGCUGGAUUUGACUGGAAAAUACUGGGUCCUGAUGUCCAUCAGGAAGAUUACACUGCGUGGGUGUGUGAUCAAGAUGCAUAUGCAUGCAGUGGUCAGAAAUGCUCUGCCCAAUCAUUAUUAUUUAUGCACGAGAACUGGUCUAAAACAUCCUUGCUGUCGAAUUUAAAAGAUCUUGCUGAAAGAAGAAAGUUGACAGACUUGACAAUUGGUCCAGUCCUCACAGUUACGACUGAUUCUAUGCUUAAACAUGUCAGUAAAUUGCUUGAGAUACCAGGAUCAAAGCUGCUCUUCGGAGGUCGACCUUUGGAAGAUCAUUCAAUUCCAUCUAUUUAUGGUGCUAUUAAACCAACAGCUGUUUAUGUUCCUCUUGAGGAAAUUAUGAAGGAUAACAAUUUUGAACUUGUGACAAAAGAAAUAUUCGGACCCUUUCAGAUUAUUACAGAUUACAAAAAUAGUCAACUAUCAGUUGUAUUGGAUGCUUUGGAAAGAAUGCAUAACCAUUUGACAGCUGCUGUAGUUUCGAAUGAUCCUUUAUUUGUACAGGAAGUCAUUGGCAAGACGGUAAAUGGUACUACGUAUGCUGGUUUAAGAGCAAGGACCACCGGAGCUCCACAGAAUCAUUGGUUUGGACCCGCCGGUGAUCCUAGAGGUGCAGGAAUUGGUACUCCAGAGGCCAUAAAACUUGUAUGGUCUUGUCACAGAGAAGUUAUCUAUGAUUUUGGGCCGGUGUCAAAGAAUUGGGAAAUUCCUCCAUCUACUUGA